AUGCUGCGACUUUCAGGAGUUAAGUCCGCGGUCCGUGCCCGGGCUGCCGCCGGCGCUGCCUUCUCUGUGUCCCUUUCGGGCCCCCAGGCCGUGUCUCUUUUGGCCUUGCCUCUCGUGCGACAUGCCACCAAGCGAGCUGGAGGAGGUAAGACCAACCUCAAGGACUCUAUUGGUCGACGACUGGGUGUCAAGGCCACCGAGGGAACCUAUGUCCAGCCCUCGGACAUCAUCUACCGACAGCGAGGAACCAAGUUUUACCCUGGCGAGAACACAUGGAUCGGUCGAGAUCACACCAUCUACGCCAAGGAGCCUGGAUACGUGCGAUUCUACUAUGAUCCGUUCCACCCCACCCGUCGUUUCGUCGGCGUCGGUCUGACCCCUGAAGCCCGACUUCCCACCGACCACAUGGCUCCCCGAGCUCGACGGUUUGGCCGAAAUGUGAUUUCCGACCCCAAGAGAGCCGAGGCCGAGCUCGCAUGGAGACCCAACAAGGAGCAGCAGCUGCUGGAGGAGAUUUCCGAGCGUCGGGCCGUCAAGCAGGCUGAGGAGCAGGCCCUCACCGACAAGCUGGCUGCCAAGCUCAAGGAGCUGGGCUUCGAUAACAGUGAGCUGGCUGCUCGAGCCCAAAAGAUGGCCCACUACCGAACUCUGGGAUGGACCAACGCUGAGGCUGCUCGGUUUGCCGACGCCUUUCUCAACACUUCUUCUGACGUCAAGGACUUUGAUGCCAAGUUUGAGGUCACCAAGUUUGGAACCGUGGUGCCCAAGAGCAGCCCCGAGACCGUGGAGAAGGAGCUCAACGAGACCCGAGACAAGCUGACCAAGGUGCGACAGCCCAACGCGUUCAUCUCGCUCUCUCAGAUCGCCAAAAUCGACAAGAUCCUCGACGCCACUGUCUACCUGAGCCAGAGCCAGAAGGAGCAGCUGGCCGACGAGUUCAAGGUCACCGCAUCGCUUCUGGAGGCCGUGCAGCCCCACGAGGAGGUGGUCAAGGCCGCCAAGAAGGGCAAAGGCAAGCUGGUCAAGGUCUACAACGUCCAGCGAAAGGGUAUUGACUAUGUUCUUGCCCCCAAGGACGCCCACUUUUCCGAGGACAUUGCCUUCCAGAAGGAGUUUGUUCACUAA